GGCUGUUGGCAUGCAACAACAAUAAAUCCUCAGGUUUAUGACUAUGUGAUUCACAAAUCCACAGUCAUGGGAAGGGUAAAUAGGUAAUUUAGGCAGUAGACACGGUGGGGUUCCUGUUCAGAAAUAGGGCACAGCCUUGGCUACACUCCUAUUUAGCUUUCAAUCACUCUUUAACGACCGCGCAGCGCACCUCAUUUCAAGUUGCGAACGCAUUAUUCGCAUCUGGAAUACGCCUUGGGUCCACGCCUACUGACCAAUUUCCCCCUCUACCAACCUGCGUGCCCGAAAAACGCCACGGUCCGGUCUAGUCUAGACCGUCUCGUACGCGGAGGCGCAUUUUUCUCUCUCGUGUUAUACAAAUUUGAGGCUACAGUCGUAUGUGAGAUUUGCAUUCAGCAGCGUAAUAGUUAAAGCGGUACCGAAUGCGUUGUUUUAUGUUCUGUGUGGUGCCCUUACUCCAGCAGACCGCUACAGUAGGAAGAUGGCGUCGGAGGGAGCGAGCGGGGAGCAGCCUCCUCCGGUACAAACACUGGCAACCACAGUGCUUGGAAGUGUCGAAGCGAAAUGUGAGUUUAACAUGGAUAAUCUGAGCAAGCCGGAGCUCCUGACCCUGCUCAGCAUCAUGGAGGGAGAGCUGGAGGCCCGGGACCUGGUCAUAGAAGCCCUGAGGGCGCGGCGGAAGGAGGUGUUCCUGCAGGAGCGUUACGGCCACUUCAGUCUGACCGACCCCUUCCUGGCCCUGCAGAGGGACUUUGACUCUGUCCCCGGGGUGGACAAGGAGCGCCGGCCGGUGGGCUCCAGCCCCAUCGCAGUCCUGGAGGCUGUCAUGGCCCACUGCAGGAAGAUGCAGGAGAGGAUGUCAGCUGAGCUGGAAGCUGCCGAGAGCAGACAAAAGAGGCUGCAGCUGGAGAAACUGCAACUGCAGAGUCUGGAGCAGGAGCACCGUAAACUAACCGCCCAGCUGAAGGACGAGCGGGAGAAGAACAAGCACAUCGUGAUGAUGCUGGUGCGGGAGUGCAAGCAGCUGGCCACGCGCGUGGUGGAGGAGUCGCAGCGCUUCGACGAAAUCUCCGCCCGGCUGGACGACGAGGGCCGCUCGGCCGGGCGGCUGCAGGAGGAGCUGACGGCAGAGAGGCAACGCGGACAGCAGCUGGAGGCCAAGAUGGAGAAGCAACUGUCAGAGUUGGACACGGAGCGUGAGCAGCUGCGCGCCAGGCUGGGCCGAGAGGAGACGGAGAGCCUGAGCCUGCGCCGGCUGGUAGAGCAGCUCAGGACUGAACAGGGCGGUAAGGACGGUCAAGAUGUUGAAGACGGUAAAGAUGAUAAAAGGGUCUCGGCCCAACCGGGUGCUGCUGCUGUGGAUCCCACCGCUGCCACCAACACGCCACCGCCCAAACCUACGGUCUCUGUUGCCGUGGCCACGGACCCCGUCAUAUCCCGGACGGCUUCCUGCCAAACAGAUCCCGGCCCUCCAGAGGCCGAGGGGCAGAAGAAGCCGAGCCCCCUCACCAUCCCUGUCAAACCCACUCCCACCAACUACGCGGGCCUCAGCCUUCCCAAGACGCCCAGCGCAGGCCGGGGGCUGGUCCACAGUAGCUCAGGAGGACUUCCUCAAACGGGGGAGAACGGAGCAGAGGGCCAGACGCCCCACGGGGGACUUCACUCCCCAGCCCCCACUCCAGCGCUGCCCACGGGGGUGAGCCCUCGCGUCCAGGCUGCCCGCUACAAGUUCCAGGAGCAGGACCAAAAUGGCACGGCCUCCCACAGCAGCCCGCCGUCCCGCGACCUCUCCCCCACCAACCGCGACAAUUUUGCCGCCAAGCAGCAGGCGCGCCACACCGUCACGCAGGUCCUCUCGCGUUUCACCAGCCCCCCAGCAGGGGGCCCCAGCGCCCUCCGUCCCGGCCUGCCCCACUCCACCUCGGAGGGGGGCCCCUUCCCCGGCCGCCUGGGCCACCCCAUCGGCCUCAAGUCCCCCACCGUGGCCAGGAUCGACCGGGGCAACCCACCCCCCAUCCCACCCAAAAAGCCGGGCCUCUCCCAGACCCCAUCCCCUCCCCACCCACCCAUCAAAGUGGUGGGGGACAGCAGCCGCUCUCCCGGGGUGGGGUUAAAACCCGCCACGCCCCAGCUGCCGCCCAAACCUGCCCUGGACCUGGUCCCAGCCCUGACGGCGUCUCAGGUGGGUGCCUGCCCCCCCGCGAGGGGGCCGCACCAGGCCGCAUGUGCAGAGUGUCCCCCCACCAGCGCUGCCAUCACUGUCAGUAGCCCCUCCUCCAUAAAUCCCUCCUCCUCCACUAGCGCUCCAUCCCGUAGCCCCCGUGCCCCAGGCAGCCCCCUGGCAACAGCAUCAGGCUGGUGUCCCUCCAUAGUCCCCUCGCUAACCUGCGGUGGGCCCGUUGCCCUGGACGACGGGCGCCCCCUGCUCCUCCAAGCUGCUUCCCAGGGAAAUGUCACUUUAUUGUCAAUGCUGCUUAACCGAGAUCCAACGGAUAAUAUUAGUCACCUUGAAGACCACCCAACCUCCGCCUUGUUCUCUGCUGCUCAGAACGGACACACAGACUGUGUUAAGCUGCUGCUGACUUCAGGGGUGUCUGCUGAUGUUUCUGAUGAAAACGGAUUUACGCCUUUACACUUUGCCGCCGCGUUCGGACACCACAGGUGUGUGGAGGCCCUGGUGUCUGGUGGGGCUGAUGUGGAUCAUGGGGCUGUGGGUGGACAGACCCCUCUGUUCGUGGCCAGCGGAGCUGGCAGGCUGGACUGUACCAGAGCCCUGCUCAACGCCGGGGCAGACCGCUCACGAUCCACCACCGACAGCUGCACGGCUCUCCACGCAGCGGUUAGCUCGGGACAUGUGGACACUCUGCGUCUUCUCCUCUGCCACCCUCCCCCUGACCACACACACCAUGACCCUGACCACAGCCAUAGCUCUGAACAUAGCCCUGGUCCUGCCAUGGUCCCGAUCCUAUCCAGCACCUUGCUGAACCAGGCAAACUGUGAGGGCUGGACCGCUGCACACAUCGCUGCUGCCAGAGGCUUCAAGGACUGCCUGGAGGUGUUGUGUAGCCACAGUGACCAGGACAUCGAGAGGAGGGACAAGUGGAACCGCACCAUCCAUGACGUUGCCACCGACGACUGCAAAGACUUACUAGAGAACCUAUACUCCUACAGGGUGUUAGUGUGUGUCCAGUCUAGUGGCUCAGGAGAGCCCAUGUGUCCACUGGAGGUGUUGAAGGAUGGGGUGUGUGUGAGUGUGCUGGGGGGUGUGUGUAUCCACCGGGCUACGCGCUGGGCCGAGCUGAACUACGCCCUGGCCCAAGCCUUGACCUCUCACCUCCAGCUGCUCUGUGGCGACACCAACACACACCAACACACAAACCAGCCCACCAGAGAUGACACCCACCAACACACACACCUGGGACUGACCCCCGCUAGCAUGGCCUCCAUCCUCAUAGGUGACACUGUGUGGUUGCCAGGUCAGGAGCUGCCUCUGUCUCCAUGGGACCUGGUCAGGAAGCCACUGAGCCAGCACAUCACCAUCAGACUCAAAGGUCUGUCAGAGUCGUGUCUGGAUGAGCUGGCCCUGGAAUCUCUUAUCCCCCUUCAGCUGCUGCAGAACUAUGUCCGCCUGGUGGAACAGUACCGUAACAUUAUCUUCCACGGGCUGGAGGGGAGCUGUCAGGAGUACCUAGCCAAUCAGAUCUCCCGCUGCAUCAAGACCAAGCAGGAAGUGUUGGGUGUGGCCUGUGACAUCAUCAGGGUGGAGGUAGACAGGAGUCUGACUAAACAACAGCUGUUGGACACCUUCAUAACUUGUGGGUUCCUGGUCCCAGUAGGUGGUGUGUCGCUGUGUAGCGGUAGGGUGGGGCGGUGUGUGGUGGUGGUGUUGGAGGGACUAGAGAAGGCCCACUCUCUGACUGAGCUGCUGGGAGACCUGUGUGAAGGCCUGGAGAACCGUGGCACGGCCUACCUACUCCACGGCCACAUGGGCCCGCACCUAUUUCAGGAGGGAGGUUUUCUGAUUGGCACGCUGUCCAAGUCCCGCCUCAAGGGCUCAGAGCUUCGCCUCCAACAGCACUUCCGCUGGGUAACGCUGCGCUGGGACUCGGAGCCGCUGCACGGCCUUCUGGGAAGGCACCUCCGCAGGAAGCUGCUCCACAAGACGCAGGGGGGUGGCAGUGGUCAGGCUCCUGAGGGCCUGCUGGAGAGGACGGUGUGCUGGGUGAGCUGUGUGUGGCAGCAGCUGAAUGCCUGUCUGUCCCGCCUGGGGACCCACGAGGCCCUGCUAGGACCCCAGCUAUUCCUCUCCUGCCCCGUGGUGCCAAACAACACACAGGCCAUCGUCAAGUGGCUGGCCCGGCUGUGGAACAUGGUGGUGGUCCCUCGCGUGGAGGAAUCCAUCGUCUCCCGGGUGACGGUAAAGCGCUCCUCCGGCCAGCGGGUGUCGCCUAGCAACCUGUGCCUGAGCUCGGGCCAGCAGGCGGUGGUCAAGGCUGCCCUCAGCAUCCUGUUAAACAAGGCCGUCCUGCAGGGAUGCCCACUGCCACGUCACGAGAUUGACAGGCACCUGUUGGAGUUCCAAGGCGGGACCUUCCCUCUCGCAGCCAUUGGCUCCUGUAAAGGAAGUGGUGGCAGGAAGGGGCGGGACAGCGGCAUGUGGAGACGAGCUAAUACCAGCCCACGAAAGAAGGGGAGCCCCACCUCCAACUGGACCUGUGGAGGUUCUCUCAGAGAAGGGUCAUUGUCCAACACGGAUGUCCGCUUUAUCACCAACGGCAACGCUCCAAGUGUUGUAGAUGUGGACCCUGUGAGUCUGUCUCUCUGCUCUGACGAUGAGACUGAUCUGAUCAGGGAGCUGCAGACCAUGUGCUCCAGCAAGUCAGAGCCAGACAUCAGCAAGAUUGCUCGGUCCAAGGAGGACUUCAUUGUCUUCUCUGGCUCACCAAGUGGACAAUCGCCCCUCCGGAAGACCGACCAUGAAGCAACCGCUCGACCACAGACGACCGGCAGCCGCCACUCCACUCCCAGCCCCGCCCCAGGCAGCCCCGCCCAAGGCAGCCCCGCCCCAGGCAGCCCCGCCCCUAGCAACGAGAGGCGAUCAGCGUCCCGGCCCAAAUCUCAGCUCCCCGUCCCCAGCAGCAGGGGGCCGCAGCCACGAGCCAACAGCAGCAGUACUGCACCACGAACACCCACUAUGUCCGCUAACCGCAACGCGACCAGAACUGAACCAAGCAGCAGCAAAACAAGGCAGGCCCCAACCAGACACAACAACAACAACAACGUCAACGAGAACAACCAACAACACGAGGACAUUUGGAUCCUACACCAAGACCUGCAUGAAAACAACAACAACAUGAAGUAGUAGAUGAACUUCCUCCUCGUCCACCCACCUUCCUUUCCUCCCACCUCUCCGCUGUUAUAUCCCUCCAUGUUGUAGUUAGGUUUACCACGGCCUUUUAGUAUUUGUACUUGUUAUCCGUACUUGUUAAACUGUAUAACAAUUGUGUACUUGGGGACCAUAGUUUUAUGAUAUUAUACAGUAUUGAAAAAGUCAAAAAAAUCAAUUUAAAAAAAAAAAAGAGACAUUUCGCAGGGAAUUGUGUCAGAAGAAAAAGAAGACAGGAUUUACCUUUUGCGGUGAAAGUGUUUUGGAUCAAAGAAAAGAAGCAGGCAGGUUGUUUUUGCAAUUAGGUAUUUUCUAAUAUUCAAGUGUUUUAUGUUUAAAUAGUUGCAAGGUUGGUUUAAAUACUGUUGAAAUUAAUCAGGGUUUUACCAAAUAUUUGUAAAUAAGAAUUAGUAACUUUAAUGGUAUAUAGAUUGGUGUAUGUGGUAUUAUGCUUGUACAGUAAGACCUCAAAAACAAAAGCUGAAGAAAAAAAAACAUGUACAUAUGUUUGUAAUGAUAAUAAUAUGUGAAUUUGGUUCAUAACUUUUCACUUGUUUCAAAGUGAAUGGAAUGUGGCAAUAAGUACAUGGAAUUGCAAACACAGGACAUUUUUUUGCUUUUGACGGUAAGCCAUAAAUAAAUACUUUAAACUACCCACAAUUCUGCCCACGAGUCAUGGUUCGAUUAAUCCAUACACUAGGUGGAGCCUGAUACAAAUUUCAAAGCGGCAUGGUUUGUUCGCUUUAUUUUGUUCAACGUGUUUUUUUUUUUUUAAUGAAAAGUGUUAUUUUGAAUGGCCAUUGUUGAUAAAUGUACAGGAGAUAUUUUAGUCAACCUUUGGUGUUGAUCUGUAUGAUCGCUGUCUGAAGUAAUGUCCUGCUUCCUUUAAGAACAACCAUUAAAACUGCACUGUUAACCCCA